AGCCGGGAUUCAGUGGAGCUGAGUCGGGGGACUGUGAGGGGUCUGCCGGGGUCCGGGUCUACGCGCGAUUCGGUUGUGGAUUAUUUUGUCGAUUUUUGAAAAGAUAUUUUUACCGUUUUUGGAUUUUUAUCUGCUGAAAUGUUCCAGGAUAAAACACCAGUAUCCCUCCUCCCUGUAGUGGUGCAGAUCUUUCCCUGAGAGCUGAAGGAUAAACCAUCACCAGGCCUGAGGGCCACCGGACCACCGGACCAUAAAAGACAUGCUGGCUGCCAUGCUGCGCCAGAGCUCGGGCGGAGGAACUGGAGGUGGAGGCAGCAGCAGCAGCAGCAGCAGUGGAACCAAACUCCCUCUGGGUAUCUCCAAACUGUCCAGCACCGGCUCGGGUUCAGCGAGCCCCUCGAGCGUGGGCCCCUGGGGGCCCGGCCGGUUCUCUAAGAGCAUCUCGGUGAGCUCGGACAGUCCAGAUGUUGCCGCCUCGGACCCAAACUACAUCAUGCAGCUGGUCAGCGAUGUGCGAAAGUUUGCUGAUGUGCUGCUGCAACUCAAAGAAGUUUUCAACUCCAAAGAGCACCAGGACUGCCUCCAUCAGGCCGUCCACGAACGACUCGGCGAGCUGCUCCGAGUCCUGAAGGCCAUCAUCAGCAAACACCAGAGCCUGAACUCUGUGGACAUCCUCAGUACGGCUGGAACCGUCAUCGCCACGGUCAAAGGAGUGAACUUCAAGGAGGUGAACGACGAGAACAAGCAGAAGCUCUUCGGAGAGAUCUACACGGCCAUCGACACCUUGGCGUUCACCUUUGGAAAUGUAGUGUCUGACUUCCUUAUGGGAGAUGUAGAGAAUGGAUCAGUGUUGGGGCUCCCCCUGACAAAAAGGAGCCGGUCUUUCGAGAACGUCUCUGUGGAAUCUGGAGGAUCCGGUCCAGAGAAAGAUGAUCUGCCAGGUCCGUCUCCACCAGUCAGGGCGGAGGAGGUGGACCGGACGCUGCAGCGGCAGGACAGCGGGGUGGAGUCAGCGCUGCUCUACGCCAAGGCCUGGUCCAAAUACACCAAAGAGCUGCUGGCGUGGGUGGAGAAACGCCUCAGUCUGGAUAUUGAGUGUGCAAAAAGUUACGCCAAAAUGGCCGAAUCCGCCAAGUCACUUGCAAGUCAACAGGAAUUCAUGCCUUUCCGUGAGACCUACAUGACCGCUUUCAAAAAUGACAUUGAGUACAGCCAGCUGGUUCUUCAAACUGCAGCGAUACUCCAAAGCAACAAAUUCAUGCAGCCUCUCCUCACCAGAAAGAGUGAGCUGGACAAACUACGCAAAGAGGUCAAGGAGCAGUGGCAGAGAGAGCUGAAGAAAAUGAACGAAGCCGACAGCGCUCUGAAGAAGGCCCGGCUGCUGCAGGCCCAGCGGCAGGAGGAGUACGAGAAAGCUAAGGUGUCCACCAGCCGGCUGGAGGAAGAGCAGAUCGGAGGAGGAGGAGGAGGAGGAGCGGCGGCGUUGAAACAGUUGGAGAAGAGACGCAGGCUGGAGGAGGAGGCUCUGCAGAAGGCUGAGGAGGCCAGAGAGCACUGCACGUCCUGUCAGCUCGACGUCGGUGUGAAGAGAGUCGAUUUGGCCAAAACCAAGAGUGUGAUCAUCACUCAGAUCAGAGAGAUGGUGUCCCAGUGUGACCUCACCUUCAAGGCUGUGACGGUGAAUUGGUUCCAGCUCCAGCAGGCUCAGGUGGUCUCUCUCCCCGUCAAUCAUCAGACUCUGUGUGAAAAUGGCAAACAGUACGAGCCGGGUCAGCGCUACAUCGACUUUGUGAGGAAUCUACCAACAGACGGGCCUCGACUGGAGCCACACUCGUUUGACUUUGCUGCCACGCAGAACGCAGGCUUACCUUUAAACAAGCGCUCGCUGAGUGGCAGCCACUCCUCCCACAGCAACCUGUCCCAGGGGUCCGUGACCUUUGACCCCCUCUGUGCAGAAGACGUGGACGGUCCAUCCAAUGCCCAACAUGCCAAGAUCGCAGAGAGGCGCUCCAACAGCAGCACUGACAUCCAAGCACUUCGGAUUCAGGCCCCGUUUCGUCCCUGGGCCUCAACCAGUCAGGGUGGAGGGAUGUGCAGCGACUCGGAGAGUGCCGGAGGCAGCAGCGAGUCUCGAUCCAUAGACUCACCUACAGCGAGUCCCGGAGACUUCAAGAGGAGAUUACCUAGAACCCCCUCCACCGGCACCAUGUCGUCUGCAGAUGACCUGGACGACAGAGAGCCUCCAUCGCCCUCUGAUACAGGUUUGAGUGAGAUGAUUAUUGAAACAGCCAGCUCCCCGGGUCCCUUCAGAAACACCCAGAUGUCCAAAGCUGCUCAGACCCACAAACUGAGGAAGCUCAGAGCUCCAUCCAAGUGUCGCGAGUGUGACGGCCUGGUGGUGUUUCACGGAGCCGAGUGCGAGGAGUGUUCGUUGGCCUGUCAUAAGAAGUGUUUGGAGACUCUGGCCAUCCAGUGUGGUCAUAAGAAGCUGCAGGGGAGACUCCACCUCUUUGGCAUCGACUUCACUCAGGCGGCUAAAAACAGCCAGGACAGCGUUCCCUUCAUCAUCAGGAAGUGCACGUCAGAGAUUGAGAACAGAGCGCUGAACAUUAAGGGUAUCUACCGCGUGAACGGUGCCAAGUCCCGGGUGGAGAAGUUGUGUCAGGCGUUUGAGAACGGGAAACACCUGGUUGAGCUCUCGGAGCUUUAUCCACAUGACAUCAGCAACGUGCUCAAACUCUACCUGAGACAGCUUCCAGAGCCGCUCAUCCUCUUCCGUUACUACAACGACUUCAUCGGUUUGGCGAAGGAGAGUCAGAGUAUCAUCGUGGAGGAGCUCGAGGCGCUGAGACUCAACCCAUCCCCGGUGGGCCCGGCCCAGGUCAGCGUGGAUCUGAACCGAGUCCUCUUCAAGAUUAAGGACCUGCUGAGGCAGAUGCCACCGGCUCAUUAUAAGACGCUGCAGUUCCUCAUAGAGCAUCUGCACCGGGUGACGGAGCGAUCAGAGGAGAAUAAAAUGACGGCGAGUAACCUGGGCAUCAUCUUCGGCCCGACGCUGAUCAAACCAAGGCAGACGGACGCUGAAGUUUCCCUCUCCUCUCUGGUGGAUUACCCGUAUCAGGCCCUUAUCAUUGAGCUCCUCAUCAGACACUACCAGAUGGUCUUUGACACCCCCCUCAGCCCCCUCAGCCCCUCCUCACCCUCUGAGGUCGACGCCCAGCAGCGCUCCGACACCCGCCUCACCCAGCAGGAGAAGGAGCAGCAGCUGAAUCGCCACUCCAAGUCGCUGGGAGACAUCAAGGAGCAGAGCUCAAAGGUGUAUAAAAGACAUUCCUCCAUCAUCCCUUCUUCACAUCUGUUGGCUGAAGUUCAGGAGACAAUACCGAGCCUGGAUGAAGGAGACUUCCAACCUGCUGACCAAGAGGACUCAGAGACCUUUAAUGGAGUUUUGUCAUCAGGCGUCCCUGAAGUGGGCAAACCCAGUGAGGGAGUCCUCCGUCGUUAUCAGCACAACACGGUCACCAGAGUCCAGCUCCGACACCCCCGACACAAACUAUCCUCCCGACCGGUGAGCAUGCCCGCCGAACAGAUCCUCAACCGAGGACAAGUGGACGAGAACAACACGAGGAACAGCAGCGAGCAGGACGACAGGAGGGGGGGAAGCUGCGACCAGUCCAUCGAAGAGGUGGACGAGACCGAGAAUACGAGAACAAGAGCAGGAGGUCAUUUCAGGAGUACAUUUAUAGACACGCAGACGUUACGCAGAACUUGGGACAAACAGUACAAGCACGAAGUCUCCAAAAGUGUUAAAAUAAUGACCGCUUCUCCUCCGGAGAGUACGGCAGCAGAUCCCAGCAGCUUAUCAGUGUCUGUGCCGUUAUCCUCCUCACCUUUCUCUCUCGGGAUGACAGGGAGCGCCGUUAGCAACAUCUACCCCAACAGGCCGUACACUGUCGCAGUGCGAGCAAACAGGACUUUGAGACGGGAGGACAACGUGACCAAGUACAGCCCUGUGGUCACAGCUUUCAGGGCUCCCAGGACUCUCCAGCCUCCCCCAGGAACCUUCUACAAGCCCCCGCCUGGGAGCAAAACUAAAACUCUGCAGAACUUUGCUUUAGCUAACAGCGCUGAGGAGGAAGAAGAUGAGGAUGAAGAAGAAGAGGAGGAGGAGGAGGAGGAUGAGGAUGAGGAUGAGGAUGAGGAGGAGUUGGGGAUUGAGAUAGAGGUGUCAGUAGAUGAACCUCUGGAGGAGGAGGAGGAGGCUGAGCAGGCGGCCAUGUCUCAGUCUCCCAGCUCCAGCCCUGAGGAGCUGGGCCCGAACCAGGCCAAACCAGUGUAUCAGAGACUGAGGCCUCGACGGCUGCAGGAGGUGGAACACAGAGAGGCUCACUUUGUGUGAACGCCUGAGAGAUCUAAAACAAAAACAGUGAUCAAAUGUGCACAAAUAAUAAGAAACAUCUGCAUAGACACUGCAGAGACAUUUCCAGAUGUUUCAUGAUUGUGAGCACUGUGUGGACAGUUGAAGACAAACAUGAUGCACUUAAAACGCUGUAAAUGUUCAACAUGAAUCACUAAUAUUUCAUCACCAAUCACCUGCUCAGAACACUCUGUCGCCUGCUACAAAUAUUUAUAAUUCUUUUUUUAAAGCUGUGCAAUUACAUUUUUAUUUGAGUAUUUUGUACAAAAAAAAAUCCUACAGGCUCACUCUCUAUGAAUGUUUAUAUACCAAAAAAAUAACUAUGUUUAAUGGUUCCAAUAGUGCAGGUGAUCACAACAGAGAGAAAGUUUGGUGCACUGAUCAGAUCGUCUGAAACUGUUACAUUCUGAAGUCAUCACUUUGCAGAUAUCUUGAGUAUAAAGACAGAAAAUGACGUUUGUUACAUCCUGUCCUGACAUGUAUCGUGUUACCGCGCACCAGUUGCAAAGGGUUAACUGUGCGUCCACUUGUUUUUAUACUGUUACACUUGUAUGUUGUCAUCUUACACUGUUCUGACAAGCUUUUAGAAAUGAAACCAGAUUGUAUUACGGCAUUAUCUUUCUCAUUAUAAGAUCAAAUUUUACAUUUCUUAAUAGCCAAAGCUGUUUUUUUUAAGCUCCAGUAGUUUUUAAGAUCUUAUCUUAAACAACGUUACAGGUUCUUUGUAUGUAAUUGGACGUGCUUCAUGUCUUUUAAAUAUCUGUUUUUUUCAUCGUAAUGUACAAGAAUAACAGAAUUUUGCAAAGAUCAAUGUAAAAAAACAGGUACAUGAAAACAAACACCCUUUUGUAACUUAUUAAAAUAUAUCUGAAAAAUUC